UUGUGUUCUGUGAUGUCAAAGUGGCAUAAAAGUCAUAACGGCGGCGUGGUGUAUUUUUAGCUCGUUACAAAAUGAACGUUUCAAAAUGAUAUAAAAUGCCGAUUCAUUCAAGAAGUUGCGAUGUGUUGUUCAAUAUAAGUGCUCUUAAAAUGGUUUGAGACGAAAUAACGUUGCAGCUAGUGCAGAAAAAAAUCUCGAAUCGUAAUACAUAACGAGUGCGUUUGUAGCGCUCUCUAUUGUUAUCAUACCCACUGACUUGGAUUCGAUAAUUAUUGAAUUUAGAUAUUAAAGAUGGCUCAUAGUGUUGUUAAGGUAACGGAUGCUAUGUUGAAUGACAGUUUGUUGUUACUAGUUGGUGAAGAUGGAACUGUAACACCUGACCGUGAAACAGUGGAGAAUUACCUGAAUUCAAAACCAGGCGCUACCAAUAUACAAUUGAUGCAUAUCAAUAAAACAGAUAAGAAGGGAAUCGAUAUAUCAGUUGAUCACUUCACUUUCAUACCAGAUGCAAUGAAUGAAGUUGAAGUCAAUGGUCCAGGUAUUGAGAGGGAGCCACUUGACAUGGAGGAAGUGGCUAGAAAUUUGCACAAUUUUCAAUUAGAUCAUGAUUACAUUACUUCUAUACCUUUGGGAGAAUCAAAAUUGGAGGAUUUGGUGCAAACAUUGGAAGAAAAUAUUGAACCCCAGCAGAAGGUACCUGCUAUUAUUUUAGAUAAUACUCUGUUGGUUCCCUCAUCUGAUUCAAUAGCUACUGAGCAAGUUGAACCGCUAUCUAAUCCACCAGAGACAGAGACGGAAACAGUUUCCACUACAGAGACAGAGAAAGUUUCAACUACUACUCCUUCAAUCAAAGGGAAAGCUAAAUUGAUCAAUACUGAGAAAGAAGCAACUCCCAAAGAAACAACCCAGAAAGUAGUUGAAAAAACUAAAACAAAAGAAAAACCAAAAAUAGUUCAGCAAAUAGAGAAAGAGUUUGAUGACGAUUUUGAUACUGAGGAAGAUUUUGAGAAUGACGAUGAUUUCGGAUUUGAAGAUGAUGAAAAUGAUUCAGAUUUCGAAAUCGAGCAGCCAAAAUUGAAAACUCCCAAAAAGACUCAACCGAAACGUAAGUCUCAACUUCGGGAAAGAACCCCCAGAGGUCAGGGUAAAGGAGAAUCCAAACAGCACAAAAUCGAGCUCAAACUCAAAGACAGUAAACCAUUGAAACCUCAGGAAGCACCGGAACAACCUAAGGUAACAGAAAAACCGUCAGAUACUACAGAAAAAGAUAAGGCUACUCCAGUUGUGGAUAAAAAGGUUCCCAAGAAGGAGAAGAAGAUACCUAAACCAAUACCAAACGAUUUCAUGUUAUUUUCAACACCUGAUAUUAUAAAGAGGGUAGGAAGUAAAGAUUCUCAAACAAUAGGUACACCGAGUAGUUCGUCAACAAACUCUCCCGCUAAAAUAUCAUUGGAAAACCGAUCCAGAUCAUCUUCAGCAGAUCAAUCGACUGUUAGUCCUAAUAAAAGUAGCAGGUCAAGUGUAGAUGGUAGGAUUCCCGAAAAAGACAAGCCCAAACAAGAAAUCAAGAACAAAGAUCGUAGACAAAGUUCCGAUAAAAGUAGAAAGAACAGCAUCGAUGAAAAAUCAAAAACUACCGAAGCUAAAAAAGAAUCCGCCCCUAAAAGCAACAGGUCGCUCAUCUCCCACAAUUUGUCUCUCACCGGAGAUAUGGAUCUGGAGAUGGCUACUCCGGAAGACAUCCGUUCGAUUAUCAUGACAGAGGAUGUCAAAUCUUACACUACUUCUACUUUACCGUUGGUACAAACGAGCGAGAUCAGUUCUACCGAAUCUGUUGAUCAAAAUAUCGCUUUGGAUGAUCUAGAUCAGAGCAUUCUCGAUAACAUCAAUAACGACGAGAUUUCCGAAGAUAUUUUAUAUCAAGUUGCGCAAUCUUUGGUUGGUAAUACAGAUCUUCAGAAGGCCAUCGAUAAGGGUUUGAAUGAGGGCAAUCUGGUACUGGAUCCCACAAUACAAGAGACUAUUUCUACAGAUUCUCAAGUAUCUCAACAGACGUCUCAAACAAGCAAUUCCCAGGAAGGAACUCCUCAAAGCGAUAUAAUCAAAAAGGGCACACAAAUUGUACGUCCUGAUGGUAGGAUCGUGAUUAUACCUCCAAUAGAAAGACCAACUACUAGAAGUCGAGGAAGGAAGAAGAACGAGGAACCAGAAACACCAAAAUUGACGAAACCCAUCAAACCUCUCGACAAUGAACACGUGUCCGGCAACGAAUUGGACAGCUCGGAGGCCGAGGACAACCAGGAGGAAGAGGAAUCCGAGGACGAUCCGAACAAACUUUGGUGCAUUUGCAACCAGCCGCACAACAACCGAUUCAUGAUUUGUUGCGAUACUUGCGAGGAGUGGUAUCAUGGAAAAUGCGUCAAUAUAACCAAGGCUAUGGGUCAGCAGAUGGAAGAGGAGGGCAAGGAAUGGAUAUGCCUGUUCUGUAAGAACCCUUCUAUGAAGAGACCUGCAGCGGCUGCCCGAAGGAUCAGGAAGGCGUCCAGAGCGUCGAUCGACAGUGCUGAAAGCUCGAAGAAAGUCGAGAAGAAGAAGGUCGAAGCCGUCGUUAGUAAAGUUAGUUGUAUUGUGUGUCAGAAACCGGCAAGGGAAAAUUCGAUAUAUUGCAGCCAGUCUUGCAUACUAGCACACGCUUCUGGUGUAGAAAAGGUGGUAGUAUUUGAGAAAUCCAGUGGUAGAAUGUUGAGUGGUAAUAAGGCGCCAACUGUGGCUAAUUUGGAGAAGUGGCUAAAAGCGCAUCCCACGUUCGAAGUUUAUCGCUCCAAAGGACAAAUCGUUACUUCUAAACCCCGCCAGAAACAGCAAGUCCUCACACAGUCCAAGUUGAAACUCGUGAAGAAUACUGAAGAUCAAGGUGUCUCAUUAGAAGUAAGGAAGAAGGGCGUGAAAGUCGGUGCUCUCAAACAUCUUCCGAAACAUGAAGAACCACCUGCGGAAUCCAAGUCUCCCGCUCCCAAACCGACAGCGAUCAGAUCCGAGCCUUUACAGGCCCAAAAAUUCUACGCUAAAACCACGUCGAUACCGGGGACUAAGAAAGCCGAAACCACCCCAGUGAAACCUCCGAAACCCACCACGCCAACGUUGAACAAAAUCCCCAAACUGGUCCAAAGCACCCUCAAAACCACCGCGACCGUCUCCAUCCCCAAGGAGAAACCUCAACCCGUAAAAACGGCCAAACCUAGACAGCCGGAACAGCAACAACAACAACCGACUGCUCCGCAAGUGACCACUCCCAAGCAGGAAAAUAUCAGAGAGAACGUUCAAAAGACGCUUUUCGAACAGCUGACGAACAGGAUCAAGUUAGACGGAACCAUCAAAUUGACGGAGGACGAGGUGAAGGAAAUAUCCAAUGAGAUCGAAUCGCAACUGUACAAGUGUUUCGGAGAUACGGGCCAGAAAUAUAGGAAUAAAUAUCGUAGCUUGAUCUUCAACAUAAAGGACGUCAAGAAUCAUACUUUGUGGAAGAGGAUCUGCGAGAAAUCCGUGAAUGCGUAUCAGUUGGUGAGAUUGUCACCGGAUGAUCUAGCUAGUCAGGAAUUGGCCUUAUGGAGGGAGAGAGAAGCCAAGCAUUCCCUAGAUAUGAUCAAAAAGUCUGAACUGGAGUUAUUGAACUUUUCUAGGCAAUACGUGUUGAAAACGCACAAAGGUGAACAAGUUGUUGAUGACGAAAACAGGCAAGACAAAGUGGACAACACCGAAGUUAUCCGUACGCUAACGGAAGAUCACAGCUCGGACGUCAAAGAUUCCAAAUCGGACGGGGGAAAAGAGUCUCAGAAGAAGAGUUCGUCGAAGCACGGUCACAGAGGAGACAGGAAAUCCAGCAAAGACCGAAGCGUCUCCAAAGAUCACAAAAAACACAGAAGAUCCUCCAGUCGAGACAGGAAUAAGGACAAAGAGAGGAGCAGGUCUAGGAGGUCGAGCAGCAAAGAUAGGAGUUCGAAGAAAGAUAGGAAAAGGUCGAGGAGCAGGGAGAGGUACAGGAAGUCUUCGCACAAGAGCUCCAGGCACAAGAAGGAAACGUCGCACAUAUCCUCGACGGAUAAACUGGAUAAGAAGUCCAAGGAAAUAUUGGAACAAUUGGUCGAUAAUAAGAUUGUACCGCCUCUGGAGGACAGGUUGUGGAAGCAUGUUCCUCAGGAGGAUGUAGUCCCCGGACCUGCUGAGAGCGAUAGUGACCACGAACCGUCUUCGACAGUUACUAUACCAACACCGCCACAUAACAUUGAAGCAGACGAUCAAGGAUCUCAGUCGUCGGAAUCGAAAACUGUUGAGCCUCCUGAGACGAAGGAGCCUGAAGUCGAGAGAAGCAUGUCACCACCGCUAUCUAAAAAACAACCCGAAGAAAUCUGGAGGGGUACAAUAGGCAUGAUUGACGUGGCCCAUCUAACAAUAUCGGCACAAGAAGUUUCAGGCGACUGUUCCGAUCUGAGCGAACAGCUACCCGGCAAGUUGGAGAUCGUCGGUAGGAUAUCGCCGGAAACCGUGUGGGAGUACAUAGGGAAGAUGAAAUGCUCGAACAGCAAGAUAAUAUCGUUGGUGCGAUUGACGGCAGUCGACGUGGUCGAGAAGAUGCCCUACCUCGCGUUGUACAGUUAUCUGUCGAGCAGGAAGAGGCUGGGCGUCGUGAAGAGCACGAACAAGGCCAUCAAGGAUUUCUACAUUUUGCCCCUGGCGCCCCAGACCCCGAUCCCGCAAGCGCUGCUGCCCAUCAACGGUCCAGGCUUCGAGGAGUCUCGUCCGGCACUGUUGCUCGGCAUCAUCGUCAGGGACAAGAGAAAGCGAGGUUACACCUCAGACGGCCUACAUCCCCUUCCUUCCACCACGCCGAAAAAACAGAGGAUCGGAACGCCACCUUUACCCUCCGGCGCGCCCCUGGUAGCGGUUGAAUUGCCGCAGGUCGUCGAGGCCCCGCCGAGGUCCUACACGCCCCCGUCGAUGGUAUCGACGCCGCCCCCUUCCGUGUCCAAGGAUCCGCGCAUAAAGUUGGCGAUACCGACGCCGCCAGUUCUGAAGGAAAUCGACGAUGGUGACGAGCCGUACAGUCCCGAAGACUCGGAUCCCGAUAACACGAUCGUACAAGCACACAGUUUCCCCGUUGUGCCAGACGCUAAGCCGACGAUCUCCCUUCCGAUGGCGUCAUCUUUCGAUUAUACGCCAGUUAUACCAGGUCUGGACGUGGGCGGUCCCCUUCCCGCCACGCCGCUGGAAAUACAGAAACAGAUGGAGGAGCUGAACAAGAAGAUAGAGGCUCAGAAGUCCGAGAUUAACAGCAUCUCGAAGAACAUCGUUUCGGCGUCAUCCGAAAUAGGUCAUUCCGCUUUGGCGAAUAUAGCUCUACCCAGCAAUCUGCAACAGAUUUUGGAUAGUAUCAAAACUAUAUCCACCGAAGGAAAUGCCGAGGAACCGCGCGCUCCUCCGAAACCCGCCGACCCGAGCCUGACCAUCCCCCUGAUGUUGCCGAAGAGUUUCACCAGACCGCCGCCGCCGAUCGUUCCGCAGCAUCCGCCGCCGGUAACCGCCAUGUUGCCGGACUUCUCGACCAACACGAUACCGCUCAAGCUGCCCACCAAGCCCAAGAUGAAGGCGCCGUCCGGCGACGACUCGCCCGGCCUCCUAAGCUCGCUGACCGAGGAGGAGCUGGUCAAGAAGGCGGCCGAGAUGCUGGGCGAGACCGAACUGACGCCGAGCAAGCACAAGUCGUCCGGCCAGCUGGAUUACCAGGCCAAGAGGCCGCGACUCGACAACGAGUCCAGUUUCGACAUAGAGCCGGCCAUUCCCGGUAUCGAUAAUUAGUCGGGUAGGAGGACGUAGUGAGGGAAAAACGGGAAUCGGACUCCGCCAUUCGGAUCUUCGGCGAGAAUUUGCCGAAAGAGGAACGCCACUGCACUGGGUAUGGUGCGUUUCUAGUGUUUGACGGGCGGAUUCUGGUUCUCGUUUUUUCUGUGGCCUAGAAUUUUUAAUAGUUAGUGAUUUGUCGACGUCGCUCGAUGUUCAGCAACGCUUGCCAACCUUGUGAUACUCGAAAAACAGCGGUAUUUCAAUGGUUGCAUCACAGAACAAGUACUGAAGUGUCAGAUAUUGAAAAUUUUGUGACUUCACAUAGAGGUGAUGUAAAGCUACCACAGAACUCCAUAGUAGUUCAGGUGUUCUGUGACGGAACCAUAAAUGUGACAACAAAACAAGGAAAAAUGCCCAAGUAACGUCAAAACUUCACUUGAGAACGCAAUAUAAACUUUUUAUCAUCACUUGGAUUUAAUAGUCGGGCACAUUUCCAAGAACUGUCCAAAAAGGGACAUUGUAGCAGUUUUUUCGAAUAUUUACAAGGUUGAGGAGCGUUUCUGAACUCGUCCAUUGAGCUGCAAGAUGCCUCUUUGAGAUUGUGCUAUGGUAUGAUCUCCUUGACAAGCUUAUCCAAAUGUCAACUGUCGAAGUGAGAGGUUAACGUCUUCUUUAAGCUUCACCUGAACCCGCAAUACUUUUUUUUUAUUUUGCCGACUUUCAUCGAAUUUCAGUACAUACUUGAAUCGGUUGAAUAUCUGCAGUGAAUUUAACGAAGAAAUUUUCAUUUUUAAAUUUUUCUUUCAUUUUAUCACCGAAGAAUGAAAGUUUCUUUAUUUAAUAUUGAAAAAAUCCCAUAACUCAAUUUAUUGGAAUAGCGCUACAAAAAAAUUACAAGGAAUAAUGGUGUAAUAUAGUAAUUGAUCGAAUAUUAAACAUCCGGAUAUUCAAUCGUUUCAAAUUUUGUAAUGAAAAGGUCUAACGGGAUGUAUAAAAUUGAUUUCAACCAGGGACAUUCUAGUAUGUACUGCAAUUUUUAUAGAGUUUAAAAUUACUGCAUGUUAAAUUGAAAUUUACCGAUUUCAUAAUUUUCAUCGUUUCAUCUCAUCUUGUGUGAUGUUGUUACUCAAGUUUUUGAAAGUAUCGAAGCCAAAACAGUUGGAAGAUUAGAAAGAAGGUUAGAUACUAAUUCUGCAUCUCCUAAAUGAAGAUGAUUUAUAAUUUGUAGAAACUUUGACUCGAUCGUUGGUGAAAAAAGGACAAGAAUUUUAUUUUUCAAAAAUUAAGAAAAGAAAUUAUGUCGUAUUUCCUAUAUUUUCGCAAACUUCUGAUACAAAAUUGUUUUGUAGUUGUUUAAAUUGAUGAUCGGAAAACCUCUUGCUACGUAAUAAAAGAUUCAUUUAUAAUUUUCAGAGAUUCGGGUAGGUUACUUUUCAUAUUUCUAUUUUUCAAUUUAACAUGUUGUAUUGAUCAUUGAAUAUCGCUUGUUUUUCUUCUGAAGGAGAGAUAACUUGAAUAAAUGUGCAAAAAUCUCAAGCAUGUUGGUGUUUUCGGUUUCGAUGGAAACCUAACAUACCAGUUUUGUUUUUUAAUUAUGUAAUCACUCUUAAAAAAAUGAUUAUUUUAUUUCUGAAAAUGUUCCGUACUGGCAUGAAAAAUUAAUGUAUAGUUGAAUAUUGUACAAAUAUAUAUUUAAGUUUAUUCUUCUUGCUAAACAAGGUUAUUAGUUGUUAAUUGACUUGUACAUAAAUACAUUAUAUAUACAUAAAUUAGUGAAUUGAUUUCGUGAUUUUUAGAUCAUAACGAUGUUAGGGUUCUUUCAAUGAGAAUAUGUUACAAUGCAUUUUUAUGUAGUUUCUUGUUUCUUAAUAUUCCCUAAAAUUAAAGUCUACCUACAUUAGA